AUGUUAGAUCGAAUGCGCUAUUUCACCGCUUCUUCGCUCAUCGCCAAUUUGGAAGAUAUCCUAAUACUCCCCCCGGCGCACCCUCCCCCAUCCUCCUCCACCUACACAUACCCGGCCCUGCGGCGUCCUGCCGCCGCCGCCGCCGCCGCCAAAGCGCAAGCACAAGCACAAGCACAAGCACAAGCCGCCAACGCCCAAGCCGCCAACCCUGCCGCCCCAGCCCCACCUGCAACCAACGCUGAGAGAAAUGCAAAAACAAAACCCGCCCCCGGCGGCAAAGUCUCCAAGCAGCGAAUCCACCCCAAGAAAAAACCAUCGCCCCCGCCCCGCCUCCGCCGCCCCGCCUCCGCCGUCCAGCAAAUCGCUUGUCACUUAAUGGUUUUUAAUAGCAUUGUGGAUAUUUCACAGAAGAUUCAUCCAGUAAGUAUAGAACACUAUUUUAGAAUGCACAAAAUAACUUUUUGA